CGGCCCGGAGAGACGGGCGGAAGCUAGCUUUGCAACAUGGCGGCCGAGGAGGACGGCCUGCUCAAACGGGCGCUUGUACCGCUUCUCUUACCUGAGAAAUGCUACGACCAAAUUUUCGUCCAGUGGGACUUGCUUCACGUCCCCUGCCUCAAGAUUCUUCUCAGCAAGAGCCUGGGUCUGGGCAUUGUGGCUGGGUCACUUCUGGUAAAAUUGCCCCAGGUGUUUAAAAUCCUGAAAGCCAAGAGCGCCGAAGGGCUGAGCCUUCAGUCAGUGAUGCUAGAACUAGUGGCACUGACGGGGACCAUGGUCUACAGCAUCACCAACAACUUCCCCUUCAGCUCUUGGGGUGAAGCUCUGUUCCUGCUGUUCCAGACAGUCACCAUCUGCUUCCUGGUCCUGCACUACAGAGGACAGACUAUGAAAGGUGUCACUUUCCUAGCCUGUUAUGCGCUGGUCCUGCUGGCGCUCCUGUCACCACUGACACCUCAGGCCGUAAUCACCCUGCUCCAGGCCUCCAAUGUGCCUGCUGUGGUAGUGGGGCGGCUGAUCCAGGCAGCAACGAACUACCAGAACCGGCACACAGGCCAGCUCUCAGCCAUCACAGUCUUUCUGCUCUUUGGGGGCUCCUUGGCCAGAAUCUUCACCUCCAUUCAGGAGACUGGAGACCCCCUCAUGGCCGGAACCUUCGUGGUCUCUUCCCUCUGCAAUGGCCUCAUCGCCGCCCAGCUGCUGUACUACUGGAACGCAAAGGCUCCCCACGAGAAGAAAAAGCAGUAGGGCAGAGCUGGCUACUAUAGCACACUCCCCAUUUCGAGUCAUCCACCCGCCCUCUGGGUCCUUCCCAUCCAAACCAGUCAGCUGGUGGGAUUUAUCAUUCAUUCCUCUGCAAUUGUGAAUUAGUGAGCCAGGGGUUUAGUGGGAACACCAUCCUGGGGUGGGGGUUUGGGGAUUUUCAGGCUGACACCUAGUGUGCAGUCCCCUGCAUGUACGAUGAACUCGUUUCAUCAUUUGGCAGAGACUCCUCUUUUGGCAGCAGUUCCCAGCUACUUAGAUAUUCUGGGGUGAGAGUUUGCUCUGUGCUACCCGUCUUCCCCAGCGCCUGACCAGUGGAAAGAAUGGGGGCGGGUGGUAGGCGUGUGGCCGCCUCCCUCCCCGAACCUGGUUGGGACCGUCUCCAGGACCCCAGUGCUGGGUGGGGGGCAGGAGACAGGAGUGACUCAGGUAGGGCCCCAGGGUGGGGUGAGGAGGUUCCUGCUCUGGCAGGUCCAGGCGGAAGGGAGCGGAGACUGCUGGUUCCUGCUGCAGCGAGGGGAGGGUGGAACAGAGAUGGGGGAAUAAAGACUCUGAGACGUGG